GUUCACACUCUGGAGGUGUUCCAGAAGGAGCUGAAUGAGAGCGAACGCUCAGUCUUCCAGGCGGUGGUGGGCCUGCAGAGGGCGCUGCAGGGAGACUACAGGGACGUGGUCAACAUGAAGGAGAGCAGCCGUCAGAGACUGGAGGCCCUCAGGGAAGCAGCCAUUAAGGAGGAGCAGGAGUAUGUAGAGCUGGUAGCAGCAGAGAAGCACCAGGUGGAGGCUGUGAAGAGUGCCCUGGCCCAGAACAAGACCCUGUCCAUGCUGGAUGAGAUCCUCGAGGACGUCAGGAGAGCUGCUGACCGCCUGGAGGAGGAGAUAGAGGACCACGCCUUCGACAACAAUAAACAGGUUCAUCAACAACAGCAACUCAUAGGUCAUAUAGAGGACCACGCCUUCGACAACAAUAAACAGGUUCAUCAACAACAACAACACAUAGGUCAUAUAGAGGACAACAAUAAACAGUUUCAUCAACAACACACAGGUCAUAUAGAGGUCAUAUAGAGGUCAUAUAGAGGUCAUAUAGAGGUCAUAUAGAGGUCAACAAUAAACAGGUUCAACAACAAACACAGGUCAUAUAGAGGACAACAAUAAACAGGUUCAUCAACAACACACAGGUCAUAUAGAGGUCAUAUAGAGGUCAUAUAGAGGACAACAAUAAACAGGUUCAACAACAAACACAGGUCAUAUAGAGGACAACAAUAAACAGGUUCAUCAACAACACACAGGUCAUAUAGAGGUCAUAUAGAGGACAACAAUAAACAGGUUCAACAACAAACACAGGUCAUAUAGAGGACAACAAUAAACAGGUCAUAUAGAGGACAACAAUAAACAGGUUCAUCAACAACAACAACAACACACAGGUCAUAUAGAGGACAACAAUAAACAGGUUCAUCAACAACAACAACAACACACAGGUCAUAUAGAGGACAACAAUAAACAGGUUCAUCAACAACAACAACAACACAUAGGUCAUAUAGAGGACAACAAUAAACAGGUUCAUCAACAACAACAACAACACAUAGGUCAUAUAGAGGACAACAAUAAACAGGUUCAUCA